UGACAACAACAAGCUGCUAUUGCAGAUUAGCCAGAGAGGGAUGGAGCAAGCCUGAGACAACAGAGUUGGGGGCGGCUGACUUACCUAUCACAGCCAAAAGUGGGCAUGGGGUUAUUUUUAAACUGGAAUGGGACGUAUUUAUUGUUUCGGCCCGGGAGGACGGAGGGACUGCCGCCGAGAUUCCUCUUGCAGCAGCGUUAGCGGCUGUGUGAAGUCAUGGCACCCAAGAAAGCCAAGAAGAGGAUUGAGGGUGCUAAUUCCAAUGUCUUCUCUAUGUUCGAGCAGGCCCAGAUCCAGGAAUUCAAAGAGGCAUUCACCAUCAUGGAUCAGAACAGGGAUGGCUUCAUCGACAAGGCGGAUCUGAGAGACACGUUUGCUGCACUUGGACGUCUGAAUGUAAAGAAUGAGGAGAUUGAGGAGAUGAUAAAGGAGGCGCCUGGACCAAUUAACUUUACUGUGUUCCUGACCAUGUUUGGAGAGAAGCUCAAGGGUGCUGACCCAGAGGAGACUAUCCUGAACGCGUUCAAGGUGUUUGAUCCAGAGGGCAAAGGCCUGAAAUCUGCCUACAUCAAAGAAAUGCUGAUGACGCAGGGCGAGAGGUUUUCCCAGGAAGAGAUCGAUCAGAUGUUCGCCGCCUUCCCUCCAGAUGUCUCCGGCAACCUCGAUUACAAAAACCUUGUCCACGUCAUUACACACGGUGAAGAGAAGGACUAGCCCACUCUCACCCUCAGCAUGGGGGUCAGCACCGUGGGAUCUCCUCUUUCUACGUCAUACUGGGGGUCUCUUUGUCCC